UUUACCUUUCAAGCCAUCGUGACAAGCACUGGAAAUGAAACACAUGUCCGCAACGAGUAAAAAGAUUUCUUCGGACGGUUGCAAACGAUCUUGACAUAUAACGCAAACGAUAUUCAUCUUGCGAACGAAAGAAUUAAGAAAGGGAGACGAGAUAUACGAUUCACGCGAUCAAAUGUUAGACACGAUCGCUUUUACUUGUCCACUCGUCCACUUGUCCCGUCAACACUCGCUAACGUGUAAUUUAUCAUAUGUUCGCGAUGUCAAAUUCGGUGGAUUUAAAAAUAACAAAUACAGCUGUCAAAUGAUGCCCGAAAUGACGGAAGAAAAAUAUAGAAGGCUGGAAAAGACAAAGUUAUAGAAAUAUCAUCUUUCGAUUUGAAUCAGGUAUAAGUAAAAAUCCCUUUCCACCACGUCUGACAAUCUGACAUAUGACUGAUCCUGCCUCGUGCCUUCUAUCGAAAUUUGCGUACUGCACUAAAUGCUCGCGCAUGAUCAGAUACUUUGUGCGCAAUGUAUAAAUCUCAAUUUGUUGGUCUGGAUAAUAAACCAGAUGAUACAAAAUGUCUAUUGUGCGAUUGCACAUUUGUUCUUCCGACAAAUGAAACGGAUUUUCUUACGCAUUUAUUUAAAGCGCAUCGUCUCGUUAUAGCGGAUGUUACGAAAAUAGCUAGUUUGCAAAGUUACAUACAUUAUUGGAAAGUAAAGUUCAGAGAGGCACCAUUGACGACUUAUUGUACAACAUUGUUAAUGGAUCGUACACCAGAUGAUCAGCCAAGUAAAAAUGAACAUUACUUUUUGCUUUCUGACUGUCUGUCAGAAGACAAGACUUUGAGAAGUGAAAUACAUCAGGCUAAAUUAGAAUGGGCAUUGGCACAACAAGAAACUGAACGUGCAGACAAAAGUUUUAAGCGUGGCUGCAUGUUUUGUCGUACAGAAUUCUGUGGAUCACGUAUUACAUAUAUAAAACAUCUUUUUCAAAAGCACAAUCUUCAUCUCGGCAAGCCAGAUAACUUGGUAUUUCUUGAUGAACUUUUGAACAAAAUUGAGAGUAAUAUUGAAAGUUUGAUAUGUAUUUACUGUGAGAAAACAUUUAAGGAUCGUACAGUAUUAAAGGAGCAUAUGCGAAAAAAAUUUCAUAAAUGUAUAAAUCCUUAUAAUAAAGUGUACGAUAAAUUUUAUAUAAACAAUUAUUUAGAGCCAGGAACAACUUGGAAGCAAGGACAGCCACAUUCAGAAAAGAAUCUAGAUCCAGGAGAUGGUAAUAGUGAUAAUGAAGAUGAGGAAAGUUCAUGGUCCGAUUGGAAUGACGAAUCUGUUGAAAUAAUAUGUCUAUUGUGUAAUUAUAGCAAUAAUGAAUUCACAUGUAUCUUGAGGCAUAUGAAAGAAACACAUUUUUUCGAUUUUGAAGAAACAGUCAAAGACUUAACUUUUUAUGAGAAGGUAAAAAUAGUCAAUUAUAUAAAGAGACAAAUUCAAUUACAACAAUGUAUUUUCUGUGAAACAAAAUCAGAUAAUGUCUUAGAGCACAUGAAGAAUCAACAACAUUGUAAAAUUCCUGCACAGAAAGUCUGGAAUCAGCCAGAAUAUUAUUUUCCUAUGUCAGAAAAUGAUUCAUUUUUAUAUAAUCUUGAUGCAACCAGUAAUAGUGAUGAAGAAAAUAACAUUGAGAAUCUUUCUGAAGCAAUGUCUAAUUUAUAAAUAUUUCUCUUCUAAGGAGGUAUAUUUCAAAAUUCUAUUCACUAAUAAACAAUUAUUUCACUUCGUGACAAACAUUGUUUUAUAUACAUAUAAAUACAUGUAUAUACACACAUACUAGAAAAUUUGUUAUACUCCUGUGCUGUUAUAUAAAUAAAUUAUAAAUUUAUUUAUAUUGCCAUUUUGUAAUAUGCUAUUUUUUAAAUUAUAUUAAGAAUGAAACAUAUUUAUGAAAUCAAAA